UGGACCCAGUGGGGUAUACAACCAAUGGGCUCCCGGCCAGGUGAUGGAAGUCGUUGGUGUCCGACUCCUCCCAUUUAGGGUUCGUGUUAGGUAGGCCUGGACUUUAGAAAUUGGGGGGUGCACACUCCCUGGCUGAGGCGAGGUGGAACAGUUGUUGCUGAGGUGAGAUCUAGUACAUGGUGAAGUAGGUCCCGGCCAGGGGACACUUGGGGCCGUGGGCUGUCGGUGGCGUGGAGUCGGAGAGGAGCCCGGCCCGCGGGGAAAUCCAGCCUGUCCUACGGAGCGGGCGGAGGACAGCCGUCAGGUCCGGCGGGCGGCUUGGAAAACGCAGUGGAGCCCGUGAAGCCGAGGCACGGCCUUGGGUUGCCCCGCGACGGCUCCUCCGGCCCAGGACCUUGCAACCUCCCUUCUCCUUUCACUCACGUGCAGUCCCGGGCUGGAGAAUUGAUCGCGGGCGCACUGAGUUCUCAACCCCCAUUUCGGUCUCAGUCUCCCGGUGGACACCUUAAUAUGAGGUGACUGCUCAGCAGCUGGGAACCAGAGGCUAUAAAAAGGGCUGUAGGAAAUGGACUGCAGUAUAAAAUCCAGAAGCAGAACUUGAAGGUCUAACCACUGACCCAUUUCGCAGAGUACAUUCAUGGACCAAAAGAUGAAGUUGGUAUUUAUUUUUAAAAAGAUAUUGUCAAUGAACUGAUAUGACUAUAAAUAUUCAUUUGAUAAAGAUGCAUGGACUUGUCAUUAGUUUGGACUAGUGGUCAUUUCUGAAAGUUUCUUCAACCACAAUUUCUAUUUGAAAAUUGAAGUAUCAAAGAAUAUUUGGUUUAGAAUGGUAUAAUGAUGUAUUUUCUUUGAGGACUGCGAAUUUCAUAGAGACCACAGUUGGAUCCCAGUUAUAUUCUCCAAUCAAAGUGAUUCACUCCUUUAAUGAAGUUAAUUUUGAAGAGUUUUAUGUUUAUAAACAACGCCAAAAGAUGGGAGAAAGAAAUGGUGAUGCAAAAACUUUCUGGAUGGAGCUGGAAGAUGAUGGAAAAGUGGACUUCAUAUUUGAACAAGUGCAAAAUGUGCUGCAGUCACUGAAACAAAAGAUCAAAGAUGGGUCUGCCACAAAUAAAGAAUACGUUCAAGCAAUGAUUCUAGUGAAUGAAGCAACUAUAAGUAAGAAUUCAACAUUGGUAAAGGAUCAUACAUCUGUGACCCAAAAUGAACAGGAAAACAAAUCAAUUUCAUUGCCGUCUACAUCCCAUGAAGACUCCUUUCCAGAAUACUGUACAUUUCUAUUCCCCCAAAAUAAGGAAAUUUCUCCUCUGGAAAAUAGAGUUGCAAACUUUAGAAAAAAAGAGUCAUCUUCGAAUUUAUCUUACCAAAGUCAUGACUGCUCUGGUGCCUGUCUGAAGAAAAUGCCACUAACCUUCAAGGGAGAAAACCCUCUGCAGCUGCCAAUCAAAUGCCACUUCCAAAGACGACAUGCGAAGACAAACUCUCAUUCUUCGGCACUCCAUGUGAGUUAUAAAACCCCUUGUGGAAGGAGUCUACGAAACGUGGAGGAAGUUUUUCGUUACCUGCUUGAGACAGAAUGUAACUUUUUAUUUACAGAUAACUUUUCUUUCAAUACCUAUGUUCAGUUGACUCGAAAUUACCCAAAGCAAGAAGAAAUUGUUUCUGAUGUGGAUAUUAGCAAUGGAGUGGAAUCGGUGCCCAUUUCUUUCUGUAAUGAAAUUGACAAUAGAAAGCUUCCACUGUUUAAGUACAGAAAGACUAUGUGGCCACGAGCAUAUUAUCUAAACAGCUUUUCCAACAUGUUUACUGAUUCAUGUGACUGUUCUGAGGGCUGCAUAGACAUAACAAAAUGUGCAUGUCUUCAACUGACAGCAAGGAAUGCCAAGACUUGCCCCUUGUCAAGUAAUAAAAUAACCACUGGAUAUAAAUAUAAAAGACUACAGAGACAAAUACCUACUGGCAUUUAUGAAUGCAGCCUAUUGUGCAAGUGUAAUCGACAAAUGUGUCAAAACCGAGUUGUCCAGCAUGGACCUCAAGUGAGGCUGCAGGUAUUCAAAACUGAAAAGAAAGGAUGGGGAGUACGCUGCCUAGAUGACAUCGACAGAGGAACAUUUGUUUGCAUUUAUUCAGGAAGAUUACUAAGCAGAUCUAACACUGAGAAAUCUGAUGCUAUUGAUGAAAAUGGAAAAGAAGAGAAUAUUAUGAAAAAUAUGUUUUCAAAAAAGAGGAAAAUAGAAGUUGCAGAUUGUGAGGUUGAAGUUAUCCCUUUAGAAUUGGAAACACAUCCUAGAAGUGCUGAGACUGAGACCUGUCCACCUAGGUUGAGUAAUAAUCUGAAACAGCCUGUUCCAGAAAUGAAAUGUAACAAUACUUCAAGAAUUCAAUAUCAUUCAGUCAUUAGAAGUCCUAAAGCCAAGACAGCCUUUAUUCAACGCAAUGGGGAAAAGAUGGGAUUUACUUCCUCAGACUUUGUUGCCUCAGAAGAUGAUGGAUUUAAACCAACCCAAGUACAUCUGAACUCUAAAGCCAUGGAAACGAAAAGUGUCUUUCAGGUUACAGAAAAGAUGGAAAAAAGGAACUGUGCACUCUGCCCCAAAGACCUCGAGUGCAGUGUCAUGUAUUUUGCACGAUCAGAGAAUAUAGCUGCGCAUGAAAAUUGUUUGCUAUAUUCUUCAGCACUUGUGGAAUGUGAGGAUCAUGAUUCACAUAAUGCUGAUAGAAAUUUUGAUGUGAAAUCAGUAAAGAAAGAAAUCAAGAGAGGAAGCAAGUUGAGAUGCAAAUUUUGUGGUAAAAAAGGAGCCACCGUGGGAUGUGAAGUACAAGCGUGUUUAAAGAAUUACCACUUUUUCUGUGCCAAGAAUGACAACGCAGUUCUACAAACUGAUGGAUCUCAAGGAAUUUAUAAACUUUUUUGCCAAGUACAUGCUCCAUUGAUCAACACUCAAAAUGCUGAUUUUUCAGGAGUGAAAAGAAAAAGAGGAAGGAAGAGACGUCUCCCAGAAGGCAUUUACAUACAGCCAUCUGAAGCAGAGACAUUCACUAGAUUGAUAAAACAAAUGAAUGAAGAUGGCAGACAAACAGAUGCAACUGUGAAAGUCGAUUUUCUUAAGAAAUGUAAGGAAGCAGGGCUUCUCGAUGAUUUCUUUGAAGAAAUAUUAGACAAACUUCAUUUGAUUCAGGAAAGACUCAUGGAUGAGACUACCUCAGAAUCAGAAUAUAAAGAAAUUGGAACUUCACUUCUUGACUGCAGAUUGUUUGAAGAUGCAUUCAUGAGUUUUCAAACAGAAAUAGAGAAUAAAAUUCAUCAAUCUGAAGAAAGGCGGCAGCAGCUGAAGGAAGAGAUAGAGCUACUUCAGGACUUAAAACAAAGCUUGUCCUCUCUUCAAGAAAAUAGGUCAAGUUCAACUUCACUAUCUUCUUUGUCUCCUUAAGGACGACCGUUUCCUGAGUCAGGCAUAGCUGCGAGCAGGCUCAGAACUGGAGACCCAGCCUGCGAGAGCCACACAUCUUUUAGGACCGGGCCUCUCAUUCCUCUCUGGUCUGCCACCUUCCAUUCCUCAUCAGCUCUUGCCAUUCUUGCCAACUGACACUUCGUGCCUGACUGGGUGUUUACUGCCCUCCCUUAUCAUCUCACUUCUACCUCCCCGCUCCGAUGAAAUGUUUCUCAGGUUCUGCUUGAGUAAAUGGGAUCACGCCUCCCAUCUCCCCCACCUUCUGCAGGAAAAAUCCUGCAGUGGCUUCCUGCUGGUGUGUUGCCUCCCACCCCUCCCCUACUCCAGGGAUCUAAGUUGAUUCCAGUCACAGACCAGGUGCUCCUUACCACCAGGGCCUUUGCGCCUCCUUCUGUGAAGUCUUAACUGCCCUUCUACCCGUCUCUGCCCACUCCUCCUGCAGAUCUCCUUACACCAGUUCUCCUACGUAUUCCAUCUGAGAGUACUUUUCCUUCAUACCACUUCCCAGUGUAACCCACUGUCUCUUCCAUCACACCCCUAGAAUGUAAGCUGACAGGAGGAACUCACUAUUCUGUGUUUCACUAUUAUGUUCCCAGCACCUAGCAUGCUUAGUAAAUGUUUGUUGAAUAAAUGCAUAAACUUCUUAUCUUUUGAGACUAGUUCCAGCUCAUAAUGCCUCUUAGAUAUAAUAAAUUUGAAUAUUCUACUUUUACCAAAUUUA